CUAACCUUGCGCCAAACCCGUUUCUUGUGCAGUCUUAUGGUGGUCCGGUGGUAACGCUUGCGAACUUCAUGGCUACUAAUGCACCUCGAUACACUCAAGCAGCUAAU